CACCACUUAUGGGACUUGACUUUGCGUGUCCAAUGUUGUUGCAUUUACGGAGUUGACUUGUACCAUCUUCCUCAGCAACUACUACAGGUGUCUCUCUGAUCUCUUGUGCGAAAAAUGGCCCCCACAGCCUCGAAGCGUUCGAGACCUGCAUUCUCACCUCCACGACCCGGGAAGUCCAAAUCCACGAAGACCGCCAAAGACAAAAGUACGAAUGGAGCCAAAAGGAAAGAAAAGACUGGGAAAGGCAGCAGAGUUGAGAAGAAGACCCCGGCAAAGCGAUCACGGACGAAGAAGACUCAAGGAAGCGCAGCCGCGGGCGGCACGAUACGAGGAUUGCUCGACGAGGAGGCCGACGACAGCGAUGAAGAAGAGGAAGAAGAGGAAGAACCUGUUGCCCGAUCCAACAAAAGGCAACAACAAGUAUUAGACGAUGGUGAUGAGCCAUCAGAUGAAGACGACGAAGGAGACGGUGGUGAUGUUAGAGAAGAAUUGGAUGAGGAUGAGGCAGAGGAGGAAGAUGCAGCAGAGCCAUCACAACUCGAAUCCUCUCCUGAACCAGAUUUCAUCCUCGCCGAAGUCACGCACAACGACCAAUCUGCGUCAGAUACGUCCGAUCCGACCAUCACAUUACCCUUGAUACACCGGAUCAUGCAGUCUCAUUUCAGUAGGCCGGAGAAGACGAGUCUCUCGGCGGACGCCCGGGUGCUGGUCGGCAAGUACAUCGACAUCUUCGUCAAGGAGGGCAUUAGGCGGUGUGUGGACGAGAAGAAAGAGCGAGAACAAAAUGCCGGUGCGGGUGUAGAUAGUGGAUGGUUGGAGCUGGAGGAUCUAGAGAGGGUGGCUACGCAGCUUUGUAUGGACUUUUGAUUUUGACGCAUACCUGGUACUUGACGUCGACGUGACGAUAUGAGGGCCGACGCACUGUGCAUGAUGCGCGUUACGGUCGGUCAGGGUACCUGCGUGCCUGCAGCUGGACGGACGGGCUCAUGGCUGGGUCUUGA